AAUACCAAAAUGGAAAACUUUAUAAACUAUCAGUGUGAUGAAAGCUGGGAGCGGCAAGUGUUGAUCAGUACAUUCCAGAGCAGUGAAGUAGUACCGACUGCGAAGCAACGUUGCCAAGCCAAUGCCAGAGAGAGAGACAGGACGCAGAACAGCGUGAACACGGCGUUCAACACGCUGCGUCUGCUCAUUCCAACGGAACCGCCCGACAGGAAGCUCAGCAAGAUCGAGAUCUUGCGGCUGGCCGGCAGUUACAUUACGCAUUUGGAUAAUCAACUUUAUACCGGCGAUAUGGAGCAACCCUGUCUUCAAAAGGACAACACAGACAAAGGCACAAACUUAUGCACGUUCUGUUGGUCAGCAGUGAAAAAAGAUAAACCGUCAACUCCGGCGCGUAACUAUUACUCAUACAAGCCGUCGUACUAA